AGGCUCCAUACAGCUCUAUCUUUCGUGGUGUUAAUUGGAUACCAAUUUUUCGUAAACAUGAUUCGUCUGUCAAUGCGUACAAUAUAAUUUCAUCCAGAGCAGGUGUAAAUCUAUGAUUUACAACCGAUACCCAUUAAAACCGUUGAAUUUAAAUGGAAUAGUUUACCAGUCUCGAAUGAUUCGAAAGUAGCGCCGAUAUCGAUGCCAGUUCAAUGAAUCUUUCAUAUUUGUUGAAUAUAGAGUUAAGCCCUUUGAACAAUCAUUCUUAUAAAUAGUUAAAAAUAACCUCAACUUCGGCUGUAAUGAAUAUUCGUAAUACGGAAUGCUGAUAUACAAUUUGUGUAUGUAUAUACGUACUAGAAAUUGUGAAAAAGAUUGUCAAGUCAGUGAAGGAAUGUGGCACUUCAAAAUGGCUGCCAGCUACUUUAGUAAUUUACGGCUGUAUCUUUCUUUGUUAUCGCUCUUAUGAUUUCGACCAAGUUUUUCCAGUUUCAAUUAUUUUCUUCGUUGUAAAGUGCUUGCUCCAACGUUCUAUAAUAAUUUCUGGUAUGGCCUAUAAACCCCACUAUAAUGUGACUACGGAAUAUGCUCUCCAUCCUCAGCUGGCAUCACUCACGAUUUAAAGGAAUUUAUAUCAAGAUAUUCUUGAUAAUAAAAUAUUAGCACUUCGUACUCGUCAGUGAAAUAAUGUCCCCUCAAAGUUUUCAAACUAAAUUCAACUGGAAAAUUAAACAAUACAUAUAGCUUGAAUAGUAUGCACGAUGUGCACUCUGCAACUUGCCACUCCUAUUGGAGAUUGAUUUUAUUCGGUGCACCCAGUUUUGCAAAUAAUUACAACCUUCCGAAUGAUUCUUACCCUAAACCUUUCAAGUUUUCGAGAGUGCACGGCAUUGACAGUUGGUUCAGUGAAGUGAAUUCAAGUACCAAAUUCUACGUACUGUGAUUAUCAAGAAACUGGUACACAAGAUUUUCUUACCAUUGUGCCUAUUAACAGUGCUGAAAGAUAAACUGUUGGUGUUGAAUACUGCCAUGUCAGCGAAGGAUUUCAUUGAGGAAUUACAAUACUAGCUAGCCUUAUUUGUUUGGUUUCCACAUGCCAGGGUUGGAACGAAGCUAGGUCCUGGUGGGCCUAGCAUGGGCCACUAUGAAUCCACCUGCGGUCAGCAAAUCGAGCACUCGAGGCUCUGGUUACCAUCAGAAGGCACUGGCUGAAAUCCGCAAUUCCUUGCUUCCUUUUGCUAAUAUUGGAGGCACUGGUGAGGUGGGUUCCAGUGCCGCUAGCACAAUAUCUACACUUUCAACAACAAGUGGCGUUAGUUCGGCAUCUGGUCUCAGUGGAUUAUCAGCUGCUUCGGGAUCUACAGCAGACAAGCCUGAUCAGCGGCAAUCAUUAGCCCAACUGCUAGCUAUGGGCUAUUCAGAGGAAACAGGGUUGCGUGCACUCAAGUUAGCAGGCUGGCGGCUGGAUGCAGCUAUUGAGUUUUUAAAGCAAGCUCAGGGAGAGUCUCUUAACGGACUUGCCAAACUGAACACCAAGCUUAUAAGAAAACCGAGCUUGGAACGUGAGCUCAGCCUACAACGUUGCAGUCCUGCUUUAGAUAGUGGUGCAGGAAGUUCUCGAUCAGACAGUCCACGGCUAACGGAGCUUAGUCCACAUCCUCAGCUAAGCAGACAAUACUCGCCGAGCAAUUUCACCGAAAGAGAACCACCCCCGCCACCCCCACCGAGAUGCAGCUCCACACCCCCACCACCCCCACCCCCACAUGCUUCUUACAACCAGUCCAAUGUACCCACCAACAUGCAACAAAUGCUAAAACGAAUGUCCCCAGCACCUGUCGUACCGUCUCGUCCACCUCCGGCUGUGCCAGGAAACUCUGCCUCUAUUUCCGGAUCUGUAAACACGCCGCAGAGGGGCACAAGCCCUGUUGCAGCUACAAACAACAGCUCGAGUGGUCGUCAGCCAAUGAUAGUUCAAAACGGACCUCAAGUACAACAGCAACUAUCACAGCAAAUCCAAGCCCUCAGCAUUUACCAAUCAGGGAACAGCGCGACCAGCUCUCAAGUUGAACCCCCUCCACCAUAUCCCAUAGUUUCAUCGUCCUCAGCUGGACCUGUUCAACCACCGUCUUACAGUGCUUCCAUACAAAAUCGUCAAAGUCCGACACAAUCUCAGCAAGACUAUCGCAAGAGCCCAUCUUCAGGGAUAUAUUCAGGGCCUACAUCAGCUGGAUCACCCAGCCCUAUCACAGUGUCGACAAUCCCACCGAGCACUCAAACUUCUAUGGCUAGACCAACCCCGCUGCAGGCUUGGGGUGCCCGACAGGCGAAAACCCAGCCUCCCAUCAUUAUGCAGUCAGUCAAAAGUACACAAGUACAAAAACCCGUCCUGCAGACAGCCAUAGCGCCAACUUCCCCGCAACCAAUUUCUACGACAAGUGGGAACACGCCCCCUCCACCUCCUUCCUACGCUUCAUCGAUUCAGCAGAAACAACUCCAACAGCCACCUCCGGCCUAUCCACCUGUUGUUAACAACGUUUGUUCAACACCAGCUAGUUCUAUGAGUGUGGGAGUUCCAAUCGGCGUGCCAACAACAGAGCCCCCAAGCUACGCCACAACCAUGCAGGCUCUGGCAGCCCAGCGUGGAAUGCAUCAUCCGCUGCCCCCACCCCCCUAUGGUACAGUGACCGAAGAUUCAAUUGCUAUUUCAACAGUAGAAAGCGGGACUGCACCACGAUCUUCCCCCAUUGCUCAUCAUCCUCCGCUUCAACGAAAGUUUUCUCCGGCAGAAAAUUGUCAACAUCCAACAGAGUCACCGCCGCUUCCACCGACUGCCUCAUCAUCCGUCUCUUCUCGCAACAACAAUAAUCAUCCUUCUCUUCCCAAUGGGAGCGGGGCCAAAAGCGGGCCUUCAUUGCCCUCGUACAAAAUUAAACACCAAUCUCCUAUACCAGAGCGAAAGCAUAUGAGCAAAGAAAAAGAGGAGGAGCGAAGAGAUUGUAAAGUACGCAACUAUUCACCGCAAGCAUUUAAAUUCUUUAUGGAACAACACGUGGAGAACGUACUAAAAUCUCACAAGCAAAGACUGUAUCGGCGUCUUCAAUUAGAAACGGAAAUGGCCAAGAUAGGUCUGAGCGCUGAAGCACAGUGUCAAAUGCGAAAAAUGUUGUCUCAAAAAGAAUCAAACUACAUCAGACUUAAGAGAGCUAAAAUGGAUAAGUCUAUGUUUACGAAGAUCAAGCCUAUUGGUGUUGGUGCCUUUGGAGAAGUGACGCUUGUCAGAAAACUUGAUACCAAUCAGUUCUAUGCUAUGAAAACGUUGCGAAAAUCCGAUGUACUGAAUCGCAAUCAAGUAGCUCAUGUGAAAGCUGAACGUGACAUAUUGGCCGAGGCUGAUAAUGAAUGGGUUGUCAAGUUGUACUAUUCGUUUCAAGACAAGGAUAAUCUGUAUUUUGUUAUGGAUUACAUACCUGGUGGGGAUUUGAUGUCAUUGUUGAUUAAGCUUGGGAUAUUCGAAGAGCCUCUGGCAAGAUUCUAUAUAGCAGAGUUAACGUGUGCUGUAGAAAGUGUACAUAAAAUGGGAUUUAUUCAUAGAGAUAUCAAACCAGACAAUAUUCUGAUAGAUCGGGACGGCCAUAUAAAACUUACAGAUUUUGGACUCUGCACAGGCUUCCGCUGGACUCACAACUCCAAGUAUUAUCAACAAAAUGGUCAUGGCAAGCAGGACUCAAUGGACCCAACAGACGAUUGGAAUAAUGAGUGCAGGUGUAAUCAACUAAAACCACUGGAACGACGGCGACGAAGGGAACAUCAACGAUGCCUGGCACAUUCUCUGGUUGGUACACCAAAUUACAUUGCCCCUGAAGUGCUGCAACGUACGGGAUAUACGCAACUGUGCGACUGGUGGAGUGUGGGCGUUAUUCUUUAUGAGAUGUUGGUAGGCCAUCCACCAUUUCUGGCAAAUAGCCCAGCAGAAACGCAACACAAGGUUAUAAAUUGGGAAACUACUCUGGAUAUCCCAAAAGAAGCAAAUCUAUCAUCAGAGGGAAUGGAUUUAAUUUUAAAACUCUGCGUGGGAGCCGACCGUCGCCUCGGAAAAAAUGCUGACGAGGUGAAAAAUCAUCCUUUCUUUUCAAACAUUGAUUUUGACAAAGGCUUACGCCGUCAAGUGGCACCUCACAUACCUCGCAUUCAGUACCCUACCGAUACAAGUAACUUUGAUCCUGUGGAUCCUGAAAAAUUGCGAAAUUCCGAGUCAUCUGACUCCAACAAGUCUGAUGAAAUGUUGGACAAUGGGAAACAGUUUCACGGAUUUUUCGAAUUCACAUUCAGACGAUUUUUUGAUGACGGUGGGGGGCCUGCAUAUCCCAGUCGAAUUAGUUUGGACGACAAUGACAAUCAAGGUCCUGUAUAUGUAUGACAUUAGGCUUUGUGUAAGGUGAGACUGCAACCCUUACCUCUACGCUGAUAAAUUGUCCAAAUUUUAUCGAAAAAAAAUGAUAUCUGUUCACUUAUAAGUCACUCAGCGCGUCAUUUUGUAUGUACCUUAGCUUAUAUUUUUACCUCCGUAGUGUUAAUCGGACUGAAGAAUAAUGCGAAAGAAAAUUGCUUUUCGAAUUCGAACGCAAAUUUAACUUAUAAAUGAACUUGUGUUUCUUUCUAAAAGUCAAGUUUAGGGAAUGGUUAAGAAGACAUAACAGUGUCUCAUGGUUGGGCAAUAUGUUACUAUAAAAUAUGUUUUGCAGAUAUUUUGCUUGCCAUUUUCUUUCAUUGGAAUCGACUUUCAUAUUGGAAAGUACAAGUUUAGUACGUUUCAGCAAGUACUGUGAUAUUGCAGAUUAUUAGUGUAAUAUGGCUUAUACAUAUACAUAUAUCUAACUAUAAUGGUCUUAUUUAACAUUUACUUUUUUUUUAUCAAGUAGACAGUACCUACUGCUAAUCUAAUAUUCUCUUUGUAUAGAUUGUGAAAACCGAUAUAACGUGUUUAUUGCGUAUUAUGCAGUUUUACAUUGAAACUGAAUUCGAUAUUCUUUAUACACCUUUCAACACAUUAUUACGUAUAUCAUUUUCUCGAAUCCUUCCGGUAUAUGCAGAAGUGUACUCACGAGUAAAGCCUUAUUAAAACUGAUACAACCCAAAGUUUAAUGCAAACAAUGGCGUCACAUUCACCUGACUUUGGCCACAUCAAUAUCGGUAAUAAUCGAAAUUGUUCAAAAUGUUUAUUCAUUUUGCUGGAAUUAUUGAAUGUAGGAACACUGUGCAGUGCUUGAACCAUGUUAUUUGCAUCAGGUCAUUCCAUGUGAAGUGGAUCAGUCGCCUCUCAGAUACUGUAUUAAUAUUAACACUGUAAAUUUUAUAGGAAGCCUACAUUAACGGCCCUCUUUCGCUCAAGAUUUCAGCAUUCAGCAACUGAUAAGUGACCCUGUAUACUUGUCCUAAAAGAUUUUUAGUAGCAUCCGAAAUUCAUGAAGACAUUUGUUGAGUGUCCUGCAACCUGCCUAUUGUUAUCUGUGCUGCUCCAAUUGUUGGAUCAACAUUUUUCCACAG